CUGUCUGCUGAGAUUUGGCUGGGAAAUGUCUCGUGCGGGUUUGAGCUGCCCGGGCUGCGGCUCUGUCAGUAUUGUGGACGAUGAUCUGUACUGCCAGGCUCAGUUGGUGUGUGUGGACUGCGGCUAUGUGGUGUCUGAGGGUACUCUGGCCGAUGAUCCAGUUGGAGGUGCAGUUGUCAGCUACAUCAGAACCACAGCUGUGGAAAAAAGACUCUGUGCAAACAUGAUAAAAGGUCGGCAGCGUGUGAGAGAAAUAUCUCAAGUUCUGAGGGUCCGCAGUGACAUUGAGGAGUUGGCGUUGACAUAUUACAAGCAGGCCUAUGAGCACGAGAAUUUCAUCAACGUGAGCCUCCACAUGAAAGAAGCUCUUGCGGGUUGCUGUGUGCUUGUAAGCUGCAGGCAACUUAACUGGCCCAUGACUUUGGGAACCAUCAGCUCCCUGCUGAAUGUUGACCAGACAACUGUGGGAAGGGUUCAUCUAGAGAUGAUCGAGACCCUCAACAUCAAGACUUCCUCAGUCAGCAUCACUGAUAUCAUAGAUUCGCAUUGUCAAGAAUACAAAAUAAGCUCACUUCACGUUCCUGAAGAAUUGGCGGAGGACUCCAAGGAGUUGACAAAACGAGCUGUGGCACUAGUGGAGCUUGCUGCAGAUUCCUGGAUUGUGACUGGCAGGAAGCCCUUGCCAAUCAUGAUGGCUGCAGUAUAUCUGGCCUGGCAGUCUUUAAAACCCAACAAAUGUCGUCUAAAACUCUCUCUGGACAAAUUCUGUAAGUUGGCCAAAGUGCAAAGGCACAAGCCUGCUUUUGAAAGAAUAGCUGAGUUGAAGGAGGUGCUGUGUAAGCUAGGUAAGGAAAUUCCAUGGGUCAGGGAAGCGGUCACACCAGAUACUGUUGUUCCACUGGUGGGAGAUAUUCUGCACAACAGGUAUGCUCUGCUAAGGAGGGCUCUGAGAGCCCAUGAGGACAGUCUGCAGGCAGACAAUCAGAUCAGCUGUGAAAGCACACCAACAGUGGGGGGCAUCUCUGUGUGUGGAGAUCAGACUGCAAAUGCAUCUUUUGUGGAGCAACAGCAUUUGGGCGCUGGAGAUGGAGGCAGUACACAAACAGUGUCAAACCAAAGCAACACUCAGAGCCAAGAUCUGGCACCAAACUGGGGAAAGAGGGUGCUGUUUGCUCCCCCGUGUGUGAUUCGUGCUAAGAGGAGGAGAGAGGAGCAGCCUGAACUAGAUGUAAAUGGUGAUGAGGAAAUCUCUGACACUGAAAUUGAUUCAUACAUCCGCACUCCACAAGAAGCUCGAGAGUUUGCUCUGACACAGAAGAUGCUGUCUUCAUCUGACACUGAACAUUAAUAAGUUAUCGUUGUAUUAAAGCUGUGCUGCAUGUAUUCCAAUGAAAAUGCGGAUAUUUUCCUUUGUAUUUAACUUUGUCAUAUUGACCUUUUUAUGCAGUUUUUUGUUUAUCUGUUUUUUUUUUGUUUGUUUUUUUUUGUCCAGGUCAAACAGCAGACUCUUUUCUUCUUUACAUUCGAUUUACAAAAAUAUUUAAUUUAAUUUCAAAAUAAAGAGUUUGGAAUAUUAUGCAUAAUGCCUGGAAACCGAAUGUAAGGAUCCCAAAUCAACAUGUACAGUAUAAUGUUAGUUUGUUUUACAAAAAUAUAUAAAUUGAAACAUUUUUGUUCACGUCAUCCACAUUAUAUUGGAAAGUGUCUGAUGUUCUGAAUUAAUGUUAAUACAGUCUGUGUUGAAUAGUUUAUUCCUCAAUAUUUUAUAGAGUGGAAACAGCUCUGUCAGCACUUAUAAUUGGGACAGAACUGUUUUCACAUCUUAAUUUUUCAUCAACAGAAUUUUUUGGUUACAGUUGGAGUUUGGAGAAUAUUAUAUACAGAUAUUGUCCCCCUUUCUAAAUGAAGUUAGCCUGUUAUGUUUGGGUGGAAGGCCACACCUCAAUAUUUCUUUUUACCUUGUUCACCCGCUCAGCAGUUUUCCUCUCGUUCUCGACCCCACCCUCCCUGUUCCUGUCUUUGUUCAUCUGUCCUUCCCUCCUUCAUCCAUUCAUCCUGGAGAUGGAGAAAGUGAAGCUCUCUAAACCACUGAAUUAAUAUGAAGCAAUUGUCUUGAAAUGGUUCAGUGUUAUAAAGCAUUUAACACAAUAGAAUAUGGUGACAUCUGGCCAACUGUCAGCGUGGCAUCUGCUUAGAAAAUAAAGACAGUGUGUCAAGAAACAGUAAGGCACAGUGUAACAAUAAAUGUUUGGUGUGUAUCUUGAAA